AUGAAGGUCUUCGAAAAGAAAAACAAGCUUUACUUGCACAUGAAUGCUUUGACAAAAGGGCUCCUGGCCAUUUCCAGUUCUGCAGAUUUCCCGUACGGGGCCUGGUUCAAAGGUGCUGACACAACCUUCGUGAUGAAGUUUCUCAUCUUCAAAUUCCAGAAUGUGCUGGGCGAGCAUGACUUUCAGGAUUCUCAGGUUCGAUUCUACUUCGAGCAGAUCCUUGCUUGCCUCCAGGCUUUUGAUGGCUUCUUGAGCAUGCUGUACAAGGCAGGCCUUUUCCUUGAGCUGCCACGACUGGCAAAAAUUUAUCGGUGUGGUAGAACCAUGGUACAACUUUAUGCCAAGAUUGCAACCUUGGCAUAUGGGCGAAAUUUACCCCGCUUUAAGCUCAAUCCGAAGUACCACAUGCUACUACACGUGCUUCUGGAACUGAAGUUUGCCACAGAGUGCAAUAUCCAGGCAUUGAAUCCGAUUUCGCAUUCGUGCCAGAUGGCUGAAGACUUCAUCAACCGCAUCGCGACUUUGGGUCGUUUGGUUAAAGCAAACAAAGUUCCCCAGCGAACCCUUUACUUGUACAAAGUGGAGCUUGCACGUAGCUCCUACGACUCCGCCAAAACUCUAUUGCUAGGACAGUCCUGGGACUUGCUCUCCAAUGGAUACUCCAAGUUGGUCAGAAGAUUGCUGGUACCCAACGUGGGAGCACACCGGGCUUUCCACAUCCCAUUGCCUGUGGCUCAUUGGUGUACCGGGUGUUGGCGGCUGGACUUAAUUGCCAAACGAGCUCGCUUGAGCUUGCUUGUGUCGCUAGUCCAAACAGGCCCACCUCUCCUCUGGGCCAUACUGCAGGAGGAGGCAGCAUGGUUCCGCGUUAUUCAAGAAGAUCUGCAGUGGCUCAUCCAAGGUGAUGAAGAACAUUGGCCGCUGUUGGUAGCUCCAGCUUGGCCGGCGUGGCACCAUCUCAUCAAUUCCUCGACGCAGGCUUUCCGCAGACGAGUUAAGCGGCGACUGCGGCAGACCCAUCAGGAACAGGUUGCGGAGGAUAGGCACCGUUUGUGCCGCCUGCGAUACGUCCUUUUGGACGGCAGGACGUCUCGCCGCACACCUGAG